CGUCACACUUAGUGUUGCUGUUAAAUCAAGUCCAUUUAAUUCACGCACAGUGUAGUGUGUUUAAUCGUGAAAUUUCUUUCUGCUGUUGGACUUGAACAGCUGAUUCUCAGUAAGCAUGUCGAAAUACGAGGAUGUUGCCGUUCAUGGCUACGAUGAAUUUUGCAAAGCUGUGUCUGAGAGAAAAGGAAAAGAGAUAUUCGCAUACUUUUCUGGAGAUAAGGAUGACCAGGGAAAGAGCUGGUGUCCGGACUGCGUGAAAGCAGAGCCAGUGGUCAGAGGGGAGCUGACUCAUCUUCCAGAGGGAUCCGUCUUCAUAUACUGCCAAGUUGGAGAGAGACCUUACUGGAAGAACCCGAAUAAUGACUUUAAGAAGAAUCUGAAGCUCAAUGCUGUACCCACUUUAUUGCGCUACGGCACGCCUCAGAAGCUUGUUGAAGAGGAGUGUUUUAAAGCAGACCUGGUCCGAAUGAUGUUCACAGAGGAUUAGUGUCCUGAGAUACAACAUACUGCUUUACACAUGACUUUCUCCUUCAAUAAUCUACAAGAUUUUUCAAUGUUAUUCUGUUUGAACUCUAAUUGUAAUGCUGUUGCUUCAGAAGCAAAACUAAUUGUGGCCAUGGAAUUGUGCAGUGAGUUUGUUCUGUUGAUUGUACAUGUUUUUAAGAUAUUGUGCACAUGAAGACUGUGAAUCAAAAGAAGGCUGUACGUGCAACAUCACCAGAUGUAGUAUUUCACAUUUACAUUGAAGUGAUUUUCAACAAAGGCACUUUGACAGUACCUUCAACUGAGGAAAUGAGGGAAUUCAAAUCUCAAAACAUCAUGAAAAUCACUAACCUUAGAGGAAGUUAUGACUUUCUAUUUCAAUUUUGUUUGUAAUCAGAAAUCAAUAAAAUUAUUAUUU